AUGGUAACGGGGGAGGUUAAAGCAACCCAGAAUCAAGUAGCAAGUUCUUCUACUGAAGUGCAACAUUACAACCUAGAUACAAUUAUUGUUCGUUGGGAUGGACCAGAUGACCCCCAGGAUCCGUUCAAUUGGCCGCAACGGGAAAAAUGGCUAGCAACCGGAUUUGGUCUUCUUGCAAGUUUCGUCUGUUCUAUUAACGGGACCCUUAUUGCCGUUGCUCACAAGGCUAUCAAUGAAGAAUUUAACGUCUCAGACGCCAAUUUUCCUCAUUCCUACUGGCUGACAACAUCCUGGGGAGUCGGGGCCGCGCUGUGCCCCCUAGUAUUGUUUCCUAUUAUGGAGGACGUUGGAGUUCGACCAGUGCUUCUUAGCACCUAUUUCUUCUUCCUCUGCUUCUUGGUACCAGUUGGCUUUGCUCAAAAUUUUGCUACGCUUAUAGUAGCACGGUUCUUUAGCGGCGGGUGCGUUCCGAUCAUGAGCGAUGCUGUAGCUAGUAUCAUAUCCAACGUUUUCCAGGGAGACCGAGACAGGAGCACGCCUAUAUGCCUUUACGUUACGACGUAUCUGGCCGCGACGAGUAUUGGCCCCGUUGUUGGGGCAUCUAUACUUCAAUCUCUUUCCUGGCGCUGGAUUGGUCAUGUCGAGUUGAUUUGGACAGCCGCGCUUUUUCCUCUCUUCAUUAUCGGUCUUCCCGAGACCCGCGGUUCGGCUAUUCUACUAGCGAGAGCCAAACACCUGCGUGAUACGGGAAAGAAGGUAUAUACGGCUAAUGAGGCUCGCCAUAAUACAAAAUGGUACCAGGCCAUCCUCAAAAGUGUGCAACGACCUCUGUAUAUGUUAUUUACAGAGUCUGUGGUUUUUGUUGCAGCUCUUUGGGCUGCCUUUAGCCUCGGAACGAUCUAUCUAUUCACUCAAUCCAUUGAACUGGUAUAUGGACAGCUCUAUGGCUGGGAUGCCGUACAGGCAGGUUAUGUCCAGGUUGCCAUUGUGGUUGGCGAAAUCCUUGGUUGCGGAUUCUGUAUAUCCACUAGCAGCUGGUACCAUGCAUCUGCUACCUGGAAUACCGAAGUUCCGGGGAUACCUAUUCCUGAGGCGAGGCUAUAUACCUCAAUCAUCGGAGGCUUCUUUGGUAUUACUGGCGGAAUGUUUGUUUAUGGAUGGACAUCAUACCCUACCGUCCACUGGACAGCGCCCACCGUUGGUUUGACUAUGGUGGGUUUCGGGACAACCGCUGUCGUGAUAAGUAUUGGAAACUAUCUUAUCGAUGCAUACAGCAAGUAUGCUGCGAGCGCUCUUGGGGCUGUUGGCUUGGUAGAGAAUACGACCAUUGCCUUUCUCCCGCUUGCUGCGACAGCACUGUACACGGGUCUUGGAUUUCAGUGGGCAAGCUCGCUUCUCGCAUUCGUGUCCUUUACUCUUGUUGCAACUCCGUUUGUAGUUUUCAAAUGGGGCAAAGAAAUUAGAUCUCGCAGCCCAUUUAUGAAAGAAGCCACUAUCGACCGAGAAAGAGACCAUAAUGUUGCAGCUGGUGCAAGAAGGGACCAGUCAUCAACAGUAUUCGACACAGACUAA